AAACCCACAGGCACUGCGAGUUCUUGGUUGUAAGAAGCUAGCGACAUCACGGUCUGUCAAAUUUGGAUCAAAUCUCCGUUAUUCUCACACCACCAUCUGGUGCAAUGCUGCGCAAAGCCGUAUCAACGAAACCCGGACAGCUGUUCUAGUGAUACUAGUGGACCACGGCCGUUGUUCUGCGUGACGCAUGGGACCUGACGAUACAACAGGAUAUAUUAUAAAAGACCAAACAGCGAUUUACGCCGUCAGCCCACAGUGACCAUGUCAACGCUGAUGCCGACGCCGAGCCCCAGCCCCCUUCGCAAUCCUCGUCAAAAUCCCCCGCUUGUCGCUCUAGUACCUUCCCUCCACAUUCAUCCGUCGUGAUGGGUACCAGUAAGAAACUCCAGAAGAGAAUCAUUGUCUGCUGCGAUGGUACCUGGCAGGAUGGGAUCGUCGUUGAAGAACGCUGGAAGUAUACCAAUGUGCUGCGACUCUCCCGAGCUAUUCAGCACCUCGAUAUUAGGCAGGACCCUCCCAUACCCCAGAUUGUGUUCUAUCAGUCAGGUAUAGGCUCCAGCGGCAGCCUGUACGACCAAAUCGUGGAUGGGGGCACUGGAGCGACUUUAGGAGAGAAAGUCGAAGAGGCAUAUGCUUUCAUUGCCCAGAACUACAAGCCCGGCGACGAGAUUUUCCUCUUUGGUUUCUCUAGGGGAGCAUAUACUGCUCGAACUGUCGCUUCUUUUAUCGGAGCGAUUGGAGUGCUCAAUAGAAUGGACAUGGAUCAUUUCGCGGAAAUAUUUAUUGCAUUCCAGAAACGAGGGAAAGUGACGGAUCCAGAUGAGAAAGCGCAAGUGGAGGAGAAGCUCGCCUCUUGGAUCAGUCCAGACUGUCCCGGGAAACGGCGAGUCAAUUUGGAUCCAAACAGCUUCUCCAUCAAAUGUGUCGGUGUUUUUGACACAGUUGGGUCCGUGGGCUUGCCAGAAGAGUUGACCCGUCGGUCUCAGAAAGUCACGACGCUCUUUGGAUUCCACGACCAUACCCUCGGCGAUCAUAUCGAGAGGGCAUAUCAGGCACUGGCCUUAGAUGAACACAGAGAAGACUUCAAUUGUGCCAAGUUCAAGCAGACUGAUGCUGGGAGAAAGAAGGGCCAAAUUCUCCGACAGACAUGGUUUUCUGGGUGCCACUCAGAUAUCGGUGGCGGAUAUCACGAACAUGAUUUGGCAGAUCUUACCUUGACAUGGAUGGCGGCUCACGUGGGCGAUAUCCUAGCCUUGGACAUUGAUUACAUUGCAUCCCUGCCAGACCCCGUGGCGCCAUGGGGCAAGCAGCGUUGCCAUAACUCCGCCGUAGGCAUAUUCCACUUGGCAAAGACCAUCCAGCGUGAACUUCCGACAGCGAUGAACGAUGUCACCCACGAGACGGUCCAUCCUUCAGUCCUGACGCGCAUCGAACCUAUUCCUGAACUAUUGGAGAACAUCAAGAAGGACCCGAAGCUCGUUUGUUCACUCUUGCCACUGGAAGAGGAACUGAAGAAGAACUGGCGAGUAUCCCCGCACUGCAGCGACGAUAAAACCGCGCAGGAGCCCCUCGGAGAAAUCGCAGAGAACUCUAUCAAGCCCAAAGCGAUGCAGAUUGCGGCUGCCACGAUCGCGAACGGCAACGGGGAGAAGUUUGUGCAGAAGACUUUGAUCAGCGCGGCUCCCGAGGAGACUAGCAUGGCUCUGCUCCUGAAGGAAUUCCUGUAGAGCGAAUGCGUCAGUGCACUUCACCACACACACGGCCACCUGAAGCGAAGAUGUCCUUAUUGAUACCUCCCAUUACAUUACUAUUGAUCUCAAUCAGCUAUCUAUAUGUAAUCGUUUCGACAAUGACAUUGUAUCUCCCCGG